UGCAUACGUGUGUCUCUCGCGCCUCGAGCUGAUGACUUUAAAUCCGCCGUCGCAGGCCGGAGCUGAGCGAUUUUGGUCGCGGAGGUUUCUCUACGGAUCUAAACGGAGCGCCGGACCUACGAUAAAGUCCUCAAAGAAGAGGCAAAUUAUGCCAGCAGCACCAGUGUCCCUGUUCCUGGUGACGUGCCGGCGUGUUGGUGAGAAAGCCCCGCCCCUUCACCCCAGUCCCCGCCCUCUCCCCCGCCCCUCUCCCCUCUCCCGUGGGAGGCUCGUGCCGGUGGAUGCACCGCUCCGGCCCAAGCCUGCACCAUGAGUGUCAACGGCCCGGUCCCGCCACCCGUCCCGCCCGCCGACGCCACAGAGGCCCCGCCCACGACGACGGUGGCACCGGUGGGCACGCUGGCGCAGAAGAAGAGGCUGCAGUACGCCAAGAGCAAGAGCAGCUCGGCCAACACGCGGCCACAGAGAGCGCUGUUCUGCCUGAACCUGAACAACCCGUUUCGCCAGGCCUGCAUCAGCAUCGUGGAGUGGAAGCCAUUUGAUAUCUUUAUACUAAUUGCUAUUUUUGCCAACUGCGUGGCCUUAGCCAUCUACAUCCCGUUCCCUGAAGACGACUCCAACUCGACCAAUCAUGACCUGGAAACAGUCGAAUAUGCCUUCCUCAUCAUUUUUACAAUCGAGACCUUCCUAAAGAUCAUAGCGUACGGAUUAGUCAUGCAUCAGAACGCGUACGUCAGGAACGGCUGGAACAUGCUGGAUUUCGUCAUCGUCGUCAUCGGACUGUUCAGUGUUACCCUAGAAGUUCUGACCAAAGAAGGGGGUCAGCAGGCAGUAGGAAGCCCCGCCCCCUCCUCACACGGCCAUGGAGGCAAACCGGGAGGCUUCGACGUGAAAGCGCUGCGAGCCUUCAGGGUUCUGCGACCCCUUCGCCUGGUCUCAGGAGUACCUAGUUUACAGGUAGUGUUGAACUCCAUCAUUAAAGCCAUGGUUCCUCUUCUCCACAUUGCUCUGCUGGUCCUCUUCGUCAUCAUCAUCUACGCCAUCAUCGGCCUUGAGCUCUUCCUCGGCAAAAUGCACGCGACCUGCUAUGUAAUCGGGACAGCUUAUAUAGCGGGGGACGAGUCGGCUCCCUGCGCAGUAAACGGUCACGGCCGUACCUGCACCCUGAACGGUACGGAGUGCAAAGAAGGCUGGCACGGCCCCAACGGCGGCAUCACCAACUUCGACAACUUCCUGUUUGCCAUGCUGACCGUGUUCCAGUGCAUCACUAUGGAGGGCUGGACAGAUGUGCUGUACUGGAUGAAUGAUGCGAUGGGGAUAGAGCUGCCCUGGGUCUACUUUGUGAGCUUGGUCAUCUUCGGCUCUUUCUUCGUCCUGAACCUUGUUCUGGGAGUGUUGAGUGGUGAGUUCUCUAAGGAGCGAGAGAAGGCGAAGGCUCGUGGAGAUUUCCAGAAGCUCCGUGAGAAGCAGCAGAUGGAGGAGGACCUGCAGGGCUACCUGGACUGGAUCACGCAGGCCGAGGACAUCGACCCUGACAACGAGGAUGAGGAAGAUGGGGGCAAACACAACCGGGUCACGCUCGCUGACAUCAUGAACAAGAAGAAGAAAGGGUUAGGCUGGUUCAGUCACUCUUCUGACACUCACGCGAGUGUUCCGGGGAGCGAUACUGAAUCUGUCAACACGGAGAAAGAUGAAGAGAAAUGCUGUGACCCUCUGUGUAAGAAAAUUUCCAAGUCAAAGUUCAGUCGGCGCUGGCGUCGCUGGAACAGGUUCUGCCGCAGGAAGUGCCGCUUGGCCGUGAAAUCUGUGCCGUUUUAUUGGCUGGUGAUCAUUCUGGUGUUCCUCAAUACGCUCACCAUUUCAUCAGAACACUACAAUCAACCGGACUGGCUCACAGAAGUGCAGGGGGUGGCCAAUAAGGUGCUGCUGGGGAUGUUCACGACUGAGAUGCUGGUGAAGAUGUACAGUCUGGGUCUGCAGGCCUACUUUGUCUCGCUCUUUAACCGUUUUGACUGCUUUGUCGUAUGCGGCGGAAUCAUAGAGACGAUCCUAGUGGAACUUGAUAUCAUGUCUCCACUCGGCAUCUCCGUGCUCCGCUGUGUACGACUCCUGAGGAUCUUUAAAGUCACACGUCACUGGGCGUCUCUCAGUAACCUGGUGGCAUCUCUGCUGAACUCGCUGAAGUCCAUCGCCUCGCUGCUGCUCCUGCUCUUCCUCUUCAUCAUCAUCUUCGCUCUGCUCGGGAUGCAGGUGUUCGGCGGCAAGUUCAACUUCGACGACAUACACAAAAAGCGGAGCAGCUUCGACAACUUCCCCCAGGCCAUGCUGACGGUCUUUCAGAUUCUGACCGGUGAAGACUGGAACCAGGUGAUGUACGACGGCAUCAUGGCGUACGGCGGCCCUUCAUCGUCGGGGAUGAUCGUGUGCCUUUACUUCAUCAUCCUCUUUGUCUGUGGAAACUACAUCCUGCUGAACGUGUUCUUGGCCAUCGCCGUGGACAACCUGGCGGGCAGUGGUUCGCUCAGUUCUAAGAAGAGAACUGAUGUCAGGCUAGAUGAUGAUGAAGAAGAUUUCAAGGUUCCAGUUGAAGAUGAGAAGGAGAAUGCAGAAGAGGAGGAGGAUGAAGGGGAGGCUCCAUCAGGGCCUCGUCCCACCAUUGCAGAGCUAUUGAAGAAAGAGAAGGUCAUACCGAUACCAGAAGGCACCGCCUUCUUCAUAUUCAGCAAAACAAACCCGCUUCGUGUUUUCUGCCACAAGAUAAUAAACCACCACCUCUUCACCAACCUCAUCCUCGUCUUCAUAAUGCUCAGCUCAGUCUCCCUCGCCGCCGAGGAUCCAAUCAGAAACCACUCUUUCCGCAACAUUAUACUUGGUUACGUUGACUAUGCCUUCACAGCUAUCUUUACUGUAGAGGUCAUGUUGAAGAUGAUGACAUUCGGAGCGUUUCUCCACAAGGGGGCGUUCUGCAGGAACUACUUCAACUUGCUGGACCUGCUGGUGGUCGGCGUGUCUCUGGUGUCAUUUGGGAUACAAUCUUCGGCGAUCUCUGUGGUGAAGAUUCUGCGUGUACUGAGAGUGUUGAGGCCCCUCAGAGCCAUCAACAGGGCCAAAGGACUUAAGAACGUGGUCCAGUGUGUGUUUGUGGCCAUCAGGACUAUCGGGAACAUCAUGAUCGUUACAACGCUGCUCCAGUUCAUGUUUGCCUGUAUCGGAGUGCAGCUCUUUAAGGGGAAAUUUUACCGCUGCAAUGAUGAGGCCAAAUUAAGCCCGGACGAGUGCAAGGGCAUUUUCAUCUUGUACAAAGACGGAGACUUGAAUCAUCCCACCAUCCAGAAACGCCACUGGCACAACAGCGAGUUCAACUUCGACAAUGUGCUCAUGGCCAUGAUGGCGCUCUUCACCAUGUCCACGUUCGAGGGCUGGCCGGCGCUUCUCUACAAGGCCAUCGAUUCGAACAAGGAGAACUUCGGGCCCAUCUACAACUACCGUGUGGAGAUCUCCAUUUUCUUCAUCAUCUACAUCAUCAUCAUCGCCUUCUUCAUGAUGAACAUCUUCGUGGGUUUCGUCAUCGUGACGUUUCAGGAGCAGGGAGAGAAAGAGUACCAGAACUGUGAACUGGACAAGAACCAGCGCCAGUGUGUGGAGUAUGCCCUUAAAGCCCGACCUCUGAGGCGCUACAUCCCUAAAAACCCCUAUCAGUACAAGUUCUGGUACGUGGUGAACUCCACAGCCUUCGAGUACAUCAUGUUUGUCCUCAUCAUGCUCAACACCAUCUGCCUGGCUGUGCAGCACUACGGGCAGUCUAAGACCUUUAGCUACGUGAUGGACAUCCUGAACAUGGUGUUCACCGCAGUCUUUACUGUGGAGAUGGUCCUCAAACUGAUUGCCUUCAAACCCAGGGGUUAUCUUGAAGACCCGUGGAACAUUUUCGAUGCUAUGGUGGUGAUCGGCAGCGUAGUUGACAUUGCGCUCACUGAGGCUGACCAUUAUUUCACUGAUGCUUGGAACACGUUUGAUGCCUUAAUUGUAGUUGGUAGCGUCGUAGAUAUUGCUAUCACUGAAGCCAACAAUGUAGAAGAAAACGCCCGCAUCUCCAUUACCUUCUUUCGGCUGUUCAGAGUGAUGCGUUUGGUCAAGCUGCUCAACAGGGGGGAGGGAAUUCGUACGCUCCUGUGGACCUUCAUCAAGUCCUUCCAGGCUUUGCCGUACGUCGCUCUGCUGAUCGCCAUGCUGUUCUUCAUCUACGCCGUCAUCGGCAUGCAGAUAUUUGGGAAGAUAGCCAUGGUGGAAGGCACACAAAUCAACCGGAACAACAACUUCCAGACGUUUCUGCAAGCUGUGCUUCUGCUGUUCAGAUGUGCCACAGGUGAGGCGUGGCAGGAAAUCAUGCUGGCGUGUCUAUCCGGGAAGCUCUGUGACCCAGAGUCGGACUAUAAUCCUGGAGAGGAGAUGACCUGCGGCAGCGGCUUCGCAAUUGUCUACUUCAUCACAUUCUACAUGCUUUGUGCAUUCCUGAUCAUUAACUUGUUCGUGGCCGUCAUCAUGGACAACUUUGACUACCUGACCCGUGAUUGGUCCAUACUGGGACCGCAUCACCUCGACGAGUUUAAGAGGAUAUGGUCCGAAUAUGAUCCAGAAGCCAAGGGAAGAAUAAAACAUUUAGAUGUAGUGACGCUACUGCGGCGCAUUCAGCCUCCGCUUGGCUUCGGAAAGCUGUGUCCUCACAGAGUAGCAUGCAAGCGUCUAGUGGCCAUGAACAUGCCCCUGAACAGUGACGGCACCGUGAUGUUUAACGCCACGCUGUUUGCACUGGUCAGGACUGCACUGAAGAUCAAAACAGAUGGUAAUCUGGAGCAGGCAAAUGAGGAGCUGCGAGCCGUCAUUAAAAAGAUCUGGAAGAGGACCAGCAUGAAGCUGCUUGACCAAGUGGUGCCCCCUGCUGGCGAUGAUGAGGUAACGGUGGGGAAGUUCUAUGCCACCUUCCUGAUACAGGACUACUUUAGGAAAUUCAAGAAACGCAAAGAGGAGGGACUUGUAGGAGUGCAUCCUACCCAGAACAACACGGCUAUCACGCUGCAGGCUGGUCUCCGCACGCUGCAUGAUAUUGGGCCCGAAAUCCGCCGUGCCAUAUCAUGUGACCUCCAGGAUGAGGAGCUAGUAGACUUUAUACCUGAGGAGGACGAGGAGAUUUAUAGGCGAAACGGUGGCCUUUUCGGCAAUCACAUUAACCACAUCAACGGCGACCCCCACCGAGGUUCCGGGCAUCAGACCAACGCCACGCAGCGCCCCCUACAGGUUCAUCCUCCCGCGCACUACGCCGACAUGGAACAGCCUGUGGGCCGGCUGGACCGCGCCAACGCCAUGGCCCAUAAUAAUCAUCAUCACCACCAUCACCAUCAUCACAAUCACCACAAUUCUUACAGCAAGUCACCCAAGUCCACCAACAUCAAUCUGAACAAUGCUAACAUGUCCAGCCUGCCCAAUGGAGGCCAUAAUCGCUACUACCAGCAUGCCCCGGCGAACGGCUACACCGGACCGUACUACCCAGGGGAAUACGAAAAGCCCAGAACGCCAAACGGACAGAGGCCACGUGGCAGCAUCCGGCGCCAACCCACUAUUCGUCGUGAGGAGGAUUUUGAUGAAGACCGCUACUCUGGGGAGUACUACAGCGGAGAGGAGUUUUAUGAAGAGGACGGCAUGCUGUCGGGAGACAGGUAUCCCAGCAGCGAUCAGGAGUACGAGACGCCCCGUGGCUACCACCACCCCGACAGUUACUAUGACGAUGACGAGCAGCCCCUUUACCACGAAUCGUAUAGGUCGCCAAAGAGACGGCAGCUUCCUCCCACGCCACAAGGCAACCGGAGGCCGUCUUUCAACUUUGAGUGUCUGCGCAGGCAGAGCAGCCAGGAUGAGCUUCCUCGCCAACGGACUGCUCUUCCGCUUCAUUUAAUGCAACAUCAGGUGAUGGCAGUAGCAGGGCUUGACUGGAGUAGAGCUCACAGACUCUCACCUAGUCGCUCCACUCGCUCGUGGGCCACGCCUCCUGCCACGCCUGCCAGUAAAGACCGCACCCCCUACUACACACCCAUGAUCCGUGUGGACCGUCCGCACCGGGACAGCAUGGGUGGCAGCUACUGCUCGGUGAGGAAGAGCUCGUGGUACACGGAUGACCCGGAGUACCAGCAGAGCACCUACUCGCCGGUGCACCUGAAAAUCCCACCCGAGUACCGGAAACAGUACCACCAGAAGAGAGGCAGCGCCACCAGCCUCGUGGAGGCGGUUUUAAUAUCUGAAGGACUGGGCCGAUACGCUAAGGACCCAAAGUUUGUGGCGGCUACAAAGCACGAGAUCGCAGACGCCUGCGACAUGACCAUAGAUGAGAUGGAAAGUGCGGCGAGCCACCUGCUGAAUGGCGGAGUCAUGCCCGGGGUCAACGGGGUUAACGUGUACCCAGUCAUGACUCAGAUAGAGUACGACGUGCAGGACGUUUCGGCCAACUACAGCGACGAAGAGCCAGAAGCCGAUUCCCGGCCUCGUUACGAGGAGGACUUGGCGGACGAAAUGAUAUGCAUCACCACGUUAUAGCGUCCGGUUAGCAGCCAAAGCUAACGGACUUAGUCGUCACACAAAACUGAAAUGCAUCUAUUGGCUUAUAACCAAAAGAAGUGCCUUCCUUUCCAGUGGAGUAGAAAGGCACCAGGAGUAAGGACACACUUGCCCCGCCUACUCUCUCCCUAUUGGUCGAGGUGCAUAUCCAUCACAGGCCCGGGGGGUUGGGGUUGGGGUCACUUUGCCAGGGAACAGUGUUCCACUCUGUCACACUCCUGAUGGUGAUGCUUCGCAGCUUGCCGCUAAGUUGAUGAUGAAGUCCGUGCUGAACUGUGACUGGCGGCUUGUCCUGUCACUACGGGCUACGGACCGUCGGUAUCUUCUCCAAGGUGAUGACAAUCAGAUUAAAAAUGUCAUUACCUCAGUCACUUUAUUAAGGGUUUUUGCAUAUCACGCAUGUUUUCAAUGCAAGCUAAGUACGGCAGAUCUCCCCGUAGAGGCUGUAGUUUCCACCGAUUCAUUAAAAGGUCGAUGAGAAUUGUUAACUCUUUAGAUAACUAACUAACACCACUAAGACCAUUCUGGACUUGUCACAGAGAUCUUAUUGCUUUUUAAAAUCUGGAAAUUAGAUACCUUUUUAAAAUAAAUAAAUAAAUAAAUAAAACGAGACAUUGCAGCGUUUGUGUCGGAUGCACUAGCAGGCAGGUUAUUUUUUUAACUCUAGGUUUAGCCUGUUUGGGCGUUCGUAAAAAUUACUAUGCUGUAAAUGAAUUGUAAUAUAAAUUAUAAAGAAACUUUGGAAAGAGACAUAUUUUGUAAUUAUGUACUGUAGGAAAAAGGAAUCAGCAAUACUGAUGCUAAUUGAUGUUACUGUAUUGUGGAGAGAAAAAAACAAAAACGUGUGUGAACUCAUUAGAUACGGGACUCUAAUUUAAAAAAAGAUUUGGAUUUUUGCUCAUAUGCAUUCUUACUGGGUUUGUGUGCGGGAAAGCGGUUUUUAACGAGAGGAAAUUCAUCUCACACCUGCAGAAGAUAUGCAAAUUCUUUUUUUGUUUUGUUUUGCAUUUCAUCUUUUUCUCUGUAUGUGUGUGCGUGUGUGUGUGUGUGUGUGUGUGUGUGUGUGUGUGUGUGAGAGAUUACACGAAACAGCACCUUUACCCAUUCCUUCCCUGAAAUUCCAUGAAAGUAGGAAUCUCCGCUGCUGGACACUUCUUUAGGGCUUGUGGAGCUGUGGUACAUGUGGUUGUGUUAUUGUGUUACCGAGGAGGCUCGGUCCCCCAGUGUUUUCGUUGUGUAUUCAUCGUGCACAGGAGGUUUUGACGUCAAAUGCUCUUACGCUUUCGACGAUGCUGCUUAAAAUCGCGUAUUACGACUAAAGACUGAGAGGAUGGCCGACGCCGGCACGUGCUAGUCUCAUUUUCCCUUUAGCGCUACGGACUGAAAGGAGCCCGCUGGGGGUGUGACGAUCCCCAAAGUGGAACCGUCGACCAGGGCAGGGCUGGAGUGGCAAAGCAAUAUCUGUUCUUAUUAUCUGUCUGACUCGUUGUCUCUCUGGCUUAUACAUAUACCUCCAUUAACAAAGGAAGACGACGGCCCUGAUUUACUAACAGCCUGAAUAAGAUGUGCUCAUGUUUUUAUGCGAAGGGAUCAAUUAAUCAUGUCGCCAGUGAUUUACAAAUAACUGCAUAAAUGACCUCACGUGAAAAGCGUAUGUCGGUAAGGGUAUGUAACGUAGGUUUCGGCACGUGUCAUUUGCUCGAUAGCCCUCAAAGACACUCCAGGAAGAGUAAGACUCAAACUCGGCUCACGGGCGUAACGGCGUGACCGGGUUCUGUUUAAACGCUGUGCUGAAUGUCUAAUGUGAAAUCGACGUUGCUCUGGGAAUAUUUCAUAUUUAUAUAUAUAUACACAUAUACAUAUAUAAAUACCGAAUUAUUCAUGUGAAUUGAUAAUCAGCUUACAAAUGCGAGCCGCUGUAACAAAUUAUAAUACGAUAUAAAACACGACUGUGUGGAACAACCUAACCUUUCAUAUCGUAUUCCUCUACGGGUCUGUCUCCUCUCGGGCUGAUCGGAUUAUCAUCCCCGCCCCGAUAACGAUAUCCUGUACACCUUACGAGUGAGGAAUCUGCUUGGGUCUUGCUCUCUACCUCUUUUUACCUGUAACGGAAUCACGUAGACGCUGCCUCGUCAUUCAUCUUAAAACGGGCUGAACAACACCUCGAAUAUGAACAUCCGAGUCGAAACGUUCCAUGACCGACACAGCUAUUAGUCGCAGCUAAUGAUCUGUUCGUUAUUUUAAACUUGAGAUGAUAAGCCAUAACGUCGAGAAACUUUCUCGUUAGGAAAACGUAUAGAACGGUGUAAUCUUUUGUUUUGUCCUCGACUAGCGGAAGCGGACUUCUGCGAGUAUGAUACCCGCGGUUAGGUUGCACUAAUCUGCGCCUUUGCGAAGUGACUUUCUGGUGCUAAAUCGAUCCACCUGUACAGACACCACCCUGUGUUUUGCCCCAAAAUCGCUGAGGAAAAUGAAAAAACCGGACGACGUGCUAUUUUGUGCGUUUGAAAGAUCCUCCUUGAUCAGCUUGUGCAUUUUGUUUUUUUUAUAUACAGGUGUUACCAUGUUUGUGCGGGUGUUUACACAAACACAACACUUUAGUAAAUCAGGGCCAUAGUGUUUCGACCAUUGAUUUUUCUUUCC